AUGUCUGAACUCUGCGAGCUGAGAUCGCAGGUGAUGAGGCGACAAACUGCAGCCGCUGAGGAGACGCUGGCUCUAAUGGAGGAGACGCUGGCCGAGUACCAGCUGCAAAACUCUCACCUGAGACUGAAGGUGGAGAGGCAGCAGAGGCUCCUGGACGCCAUCUUGCUGCCGGAGGUGCGACUGCACAGAGUGUGUCAAGAGGAGGUUCCCUCUCAGCAGCAGGAGCCAACCCCCAGUCUGGAGCCAGAGUCCCGACACAUUGAAGAGGAACAGGAGGAACCCUUGACAAAUCAGCAGGGAGAGCAGCCUCAGGAUAUCACCAAGCUGCUGUUCACUGUUGUCACCGUGAAGACUUCCUGCUCCAAGACCAAGGACACAGGAAAGAGUACAGUCCUGUGCUCACUCUGUGGUAGAGGUUUUACAAAGAAAGGAUCCCUCAAGUUACAUAUGAGAAUCCACACUGGAGAGAAACCAUUCAUCUGCUCCGUCUGUGGUAAAGGGUUUGCACGGAAAGGACACCUAAACAUACACAUGAGAAUCCACACUGGAGAGAAACCAUUCAUCUGCUCCGUCUGUGGUAAAGGUUUUGCACGGAAAGAAGACCUCAACAUACACACGAGAAUCCACACUGGAGAGAAACCAUUCAUCUGCUCCGUCUGUGUUAAUGGUUUUGCACGGGAAGGAGACCUCAAGCGACACAUGAGAAUCCACACUGGAGAGAAACCAUUCAUCUGCUCCGUCUGUGGUAAAGGGUUUGCACGGAAAGGACACCUAAACAUACACAUGAGAAUCCACACUGGAGAGAAACCAUUCAUCUGCUCCAUCUGUGGUAAUGGUUUUGCAAAGAAAGGAAACCUCAAGCGACACAUGAGAAUCCACACUGGAGAAAACCUGUAG